GAAAAACUGAAGCGUGCGCAGUACGCACCGUCCAUUUUCUCAGUUCCCGCUCAUAAUUUUUUGCCCUAACCGCCACGCUCAGAAAAUUCCCUAUACAAAGAAGUGGAGAAACCGACCCGAUCCGAACCGAACUCGAGCUCGAAAUCGAAAUCGAAAUCGAAAUCGAAAUCGAAAUCGUAAUCCAGAGAGAGAGAGAGAGAGAGAGAGAGAGAGAUGUUGGGGAGAAUGCGAGCAGGUUCUUCUCUGGAUUGCUUGGAGAGACCACCUUCUAAGCUCAUCAAAGACGAUACCCUCUCCAUCUACGAGGCAACACUUAUAAAGCUGACGGAGGGUUCCAGAAAUGACCAAAAUUCAUACCCUGAGGUAGCAAUGCAGAUAGAAACUGAUUGUACUUAUAUGAGCAGUUUGCCCAACGAACAUUCAAUGACGACAGAUACUGAUUGUUUUUCGCCAAAUUCUAUUGAUUGUCAAUCUAUGUGCAGCUCAAAACAGCAACAGAGCAGAACUGUCUCAGUUCUUUACCUGUUUUCCAAGUAUAAGAGUCCUAGAAAGGCAAUGGCAACUGAGGAUUAUGGUUCUGCUGGUGCUUCACUGAGCCAAACCCCUAAACCCCCCAGCAACCUAAACACGCUUGCCCCAACCCAUCUGGACUCUCCUCAAUAAAGGUGAGGUUACAGUGACCUAUAUCAGUUUACAGAUGGGGUGGAAGUUGAACAGCGAUUGGAAGAUGAAUGUGUCAGUUCUUUGCCUGUCUUCUCAGUGCAAGAUUUGAACAAAUAGAGUCUACAACUCUCAUAAGUGUUCUAAUUAUGUGAUUUUUACCUGAUUAGCACUUGGAUUGGUGCUUGAUGAGAUGUAUAUUAGUUUGUAACUGUAUUUUUGAGCCCUCAUAAGAGAGUACUUCAAUGCAUGAAAUGGAAGUGGGUGGCUUGCAGUUGCAAGUAAUCGUCCAAUGAAAA